AUUUUGGACAUCGUCAUAUAAUAUUGCGCAAUGCCAGAGAGUGAAGAACCUCGACAAGAUAUCCCGGCAAGCUUGACGAUCGUCAAUGAGGCAACACCACUGUUACCUCAAUCGAACAGUGCUUCCAACCGCAUCAAUGCUAACACCGGGAGACGAGCGUCGACUUUGUCGCUUUCUCAUGACCACGCUCGGCGAAGGAAGGAGAUUAUUGGACUGUUGCUCAUGACGCUCUCUGCUCUGGGAUUUUCAGUAAUGUCUCUAUGUGUGAAGCUCGGAGGUUCUGUAUUCCCCAGUUUUGAAAUGGUGUUUGCAAGAUCGCUUGUGCAGCUUGUGCUCGGACUUGUCGGCUGCUUCAUUCUCAAGGUGAAUCCCCUUGGAGAUAAAAAGGUUCGAGGAUGGUUGGUCCUUCGCGGCUUAGCUGGCUCAGUCGGUCUCGCUCUAUUUUUCUACUGUCUUACGGCUUUACCACUCGCUGAUGCAACCGUGGUAUUUUUCCUUGGUCCUAUAUUUACUGCCAUUCUUGCCUCGGUUGCUCUUGGGGAAAGAUUUACCUUGUUUGACGGAAUUUGCGCAACCUUAACUUUUGGUGGUGUCGUCCUUGUUUCUAGACCAGAGUUCCUUUUUGGAUCGGAAGGUGGAAGCUCCCAACCAGAAGAUAACGAAUCGCAGCGGAUAUUUGCCAUCAUAUGCGCUGUUAUGGGUGCGAUGUUGUCUGCCGUAGCCUAUGUCACGGUUCGCAAGGUUGGAAAGGGGGCUCACUUUAUGGUUCAUGUUGUUUACUUCGGAGCCAUCUCGACUGUUCUCAGCCCGCUUGGAAUCUUCGGCCUACAAAAGUUUGUUAUUCCAGAGACAUGGAAAGAUUAUUUGAUACUAUUGUUGGUCGGAAUAUUUGCUUUCCUUGGACAGUGUCUACUUAAUCAAGGGUAAGACAUAUUUCUUGCUUUGGGAAAAGGCAUGAACAUUGGUAUUCAUUACAUCACCUAUUUUGUAUCACCCCACAGACUGCAGCUGGCUCCAGCAGGACCUGGAACAUUGAUGAGG